CCUGAUUGCCCCUUCAUUGGUCGGGAUGUGAGUCAGUUAAGCCUGCAGUUUUCGGAAGAGGAAAGCAGAGACAGACAGCUGUCCUGAGAAGUGCCGAGCACUGGGUGGCCCAGGGAACCGUGCCUCUCUCCAGCCUGUAGCUUCGCCCAGCUGACUCGACUUUGAACCUCCUGCUCUUCCGUCCCCAGAACAGAGACCCCCCGAUGGGGAAGAGCUGCAAGGUGGUGGUUUGCGGCCAAGCCUCGGUCGGGAAAACGUCCAUCUUGGAGCAGCUUCUCUAUGGGAACCAUGUGGUCGGUUCUGAGAUGAUAGAAACCCAGGAGGACAUCUACGUGGGCUCGAUAGAGACGGACCGAGGGGUGCGCGAGCAGGUGCGUUUCUACGACACCCGGGGCCUGAGGGACGGCUUGGAGCUUCCCAAGCACUGCUUCUCCUGCACGGACGGCUACGUGCUGGUGUACAGCACCGACAGCAAGGAGUCCUUCAAGAGGGUGGAGCUGCUCAAGAAGGAGAUCGACAAGUCCAAGGAUAAGAAGGAGGUCACCAUUGUGAUUCUGGGCAACAAGUGCGACCUGCAGGAGCAGCGGCGCGUGGACCACGAGGCGGCCCAGCAGUGGGCCAAGGGCGAGAAGGUGAAGCUGUGGGAGGUGUCCGUGGCCGACCGGCGGACCCUGAUCGAGCCUUUCACCUACCUGGCCAGCAAGAUGACGCAGCCGCAGAGCAAGUCGGCCUUCCCGCUGAGCCGCAAGAACAAGGGCAGCGGCUCCAUGGACGGCUGAGGGCCUGGCCCCUCUUCCUCCGCCACCGGGCGCAUCCAGCCCCGCUCUGGGGCCAGGGCAGUGCGCGAGGCCUGGGAGGUGCUGAGCUCCGGGAGGGGGUGGCGGAGCGUGGCCCCGGGCUGCACCAGGCGGGGGGGCUUGGGCGACUGGUCUGAACUUGGGACCCUGCCCCGAGAGCCCUGGCCUGGUGUCCGCUCCCAAAUCGCAGGCUAGACAGAACCCACUUUGCCUUGGCAACGGGAGGCCUGCGGAGGCCUCACCGGCUCCGGCCUCCCUUCGGCCCAGCGUCACCCCUGUCCCGAGCCAGCUUAGUUCCUUCCUCCCGCUUCCCCCGGUGCCGCAGAACGGCCGGGCUGUCUCCCGGAAGGUCCUUCCGCCAGGCUGGCGUAGCUGGAAUGUGGGCUCUGAGCUCCCCGGCGGUGGAGCCAUUGGGCUCUUGAGCUAGACCUGGGAGCACAGAGUAGCUGGAGCCAGGGGCAGCCCGUGAGCCUAGGCAGAGUAGGUGGUCGCCUAGGGCGCUGCUGGCCUGGGCGUCCGAUGAGGGCGUCACGGCCAUUGACGGCCGUGCAGGCGGGGGCGCCGAUCGCAGAGCCCGGAUAUAGAUUCGUUAGGCUCAUUGGAGCCUCGUUAGUACCCUCAGCGAUGCCCUGCUCGGCUGCCUCUGGCCGUGUUGUGAUCCUGGGCCAAAGGCCAGGCCAGGCCAGGCUGUGGUGUCUGGAUUGCACCCCUGCCCCCUCCCCCACUACAGCUGGCGCUGCCGACCCCAGCAUGCCAAGCCUGGGGGUGGACCAGCGGCUAGAGGGAGGCAACACACCGGCCGUUUGCAUCGCUCCUUAGGCAAACGCAGCUCAGCCUCUGUGCUGAGGAGCAGCUGGCUGGCUCGGUUAGCCUGGGGAGGGGGGGUGGGCUGCAGAGGUGACCUUAGCUCCCUGUUAAAAUCGUCAGUUGGCCAAGCCCCGAGGGGGUAGUUUCAGACGUUCCCUGAGCCUCCCCUUGAGACGGGAGGAGGGAGUGUGCAUGCUGGGGGCUCGCUGGGGUACCCUGCAUUAGCCCAAUGCAGCAGGGCAAGCGCUGAGGCUGGGAAGUUGGGUGGUUGUGGUUUCUAAAAACAUUCUUGCACGUGUGUCAUUUCCUGGUCAGCAAGCGUCAUCAAUAAAGCGCUCGGCUGCUUUU